AUGGCGAUGUGGACUGUGCUCGGCGAUGUGGCGACGGUGGCGCAGCUGGUCGGCGCAGACGUCGUCGGGCUCAUCUCAAGGAUCACGCAGGCCGCGGAGACGGCGCGGCAGAACAGGAGGGAUUGCCGGCAGCUCGCGCGUCGGGUGCUCAUAAUCUCGCGGCUGCUGCCGCUCGUGGAGGACCCGGAGGCGGCGCGGCCGAUGGCCGGGCUGGGUGACACGCUGAAGGAAGCCCACGAGCUCCUCAUGUCCUGCCAGAGGAGGAGCGCGGCGUACCAUUUUUUCAUGGCCGGCAGGAAGGCCGUAAGAUUCAGAGAGAUGCAGAACAAGAUCGACUUCUACCUCCUCCUCUUCCCCGUAACCAGCCACAUAGGCAUCGCACGCCGUCUCGACCGGAUCUACAAGCUCCUUGACAGCGCCGGAGCUGGAGGUGAAGCGUCUACGCUUUCAGAGUCGUCCCAGCUGCACCUGCAGGAGUCUACAGUGGUCGCUCAGGAAGUGGUACCGUACGAAACCCAUGAAUUCACGUUUGCAGAGAUCGUGGCUGCCACCGAUUACUUCGGCCCUCACACAGUGAUCGAGUCGGCCCGGUCUGUGUACAAGGGCAGGCUUCGGGAUGGGCGAGUGGUGGCCGUCAAGCGCAUCACGGACCGGCAGUCGGACUCCACAAAAAGGAAGUUCCACAGCGAGCUCGACAUCCUACCACAGCUUCGACACAAACACAUCGUCCGCCUCCUCGGAUCAUGUGUGACUGCAACGAAGGACAAGCGCCUGCUAACCAACCCGCAACAGAAAAAAAAGCGUCUGCUAUCCUGGUGGAGAAAGGAGCAGCAAGAGCCGGAGUGGCUGACCGUCUACGAGUACACGGAGAACGGCACGCUCUUCCACCAUCUACACCCUGAUCAGGGCUCCUCCGAGCUGUCGUCUGUGACGGUGCCAUGGAAGACGCGCAUCGAUGUGCUCCUCGGCGUGUCGCGCGCCAUCGAGCACAUGCACUGUCAUGCCAACCCGCCGAUCAUUCACCGGGACAUCAACACGCAAAACAUCCUUCUCGACGCCAACUGGGUACCGCAUGUCUCGGGCUUUGGCUUGUCCUUGGUCUGUGACAAGGCGAUGAGUGAGGAGUUCGAGAUGACUUGCCCCGUUGUGGGCACAAUUGGGUACAUCGACCCAGAGUACAUGACCAGAGGUCAUGUGAAGCUGACGAGCGACGUGUAUGCGCUGGGCAUCAUGAUGCUGGAGGUUUUGACAGGUAGAAAGGUGAUUCAGGAGGACGAACAGGGGGCUAUAUAUUUGAAAUCGUUCGCAGUCCCCGUCAUUGAGGCCGGCAAUAUUAGGGGCUUGCUGGACACUCGACCCGUGCCGGAGCCAACGCCCGGGCAGCUCCGGGCGCUGGAACACGUUGCCCAGACUGCACGAUGA